AUGCCUCGUGCGACUGGCCGUGGUCGUGGUGGCCGAGGUGCCAACCGAGGCGCUGCUGCUUCGGCGGUAGUUAACCAUCGUCCCCUGCGCGAUACGGCUAUUAAGCCAAAGUAUCUAUGGUGUAUGUGCUGUCUUAGAACCGCUGUAGGCGAAUUCAACCCGGUGAACCUGGAAAAACAAGCCCCUUUCGUGAUUGACUGCGUUCUCAAUGCGGCCGGUUCGGUACUCUGUCGUCAGUGCUUCGAUAGACGUAGCGGCUGCGAAUCAUACGCGGAGACCUUCUUCGUUGACUUAGAGGAGGGACAGGAAAACGAAGAUAUCGUGAUUUUUAAUGAAGAUGUUCGCCGCGCAAUCAAUGAGGCAUUUAAACAGCUAUCCUCUGCCUUUGUACAGACGGUAGCGGUUCAUCGUCGUUACCACGGCUUGACGACCAACCAGAAAUCGCGUCGCGUUGUUGAUUAUGAAGCGUUUUUAGCGCGCCGCCGUGAACUCCCGGGAGUCAACUACGAGAAGUUGUAUUUGAUGCCGGGCGAUACGGGAUAUGUUCUGUGGACCAGCGCAAAGCGGUCGUUCCGCACCGCCGUUACUGAAGCGUUGAACUGGCAAUUCGAGGGCGAUGACCUCGAUAACGUGCUCGAUGACGUGUUGAACGGUUGGCCAGUCAUUAUUGGGGAGUUGUAG